CAAGCUUGUCGCUGACGCAGCAAGACUAGAAGAGAAAAUAGAUUCUGCUUUGAAUGAGCAAGCUGCUCGACAAGAAGCUCAAGAGCAGGGUCUUAGCCCCGAACAGCAAGAGACGAUGACGGCCAACAUCAUGAGCAAAUUAGACGACAGACUCUCUGCUGAGUCUCAGAGGUUAGAGGAAAAGAUAAGUACAGCUGCUACAACAGAC